AUGUUCUCCAAAGUGGAAAACACAAGUUUCACUCUGUCGCAAUCUCCCUCACCGUCGGGCCAUGCAUCUUCGGCUCGGUCGAGUCUCACUCUCAUUCCAGAGUCGAAUGUUCGAGCUCCUUUGUCCGCUACUCCUACAAAAGGGGUUGAGAAGUUGAUGUAUAAGAGCAACCUCAGCUCCUACUGUCAGAGGUUGUGCCUGCCUCACCCGGUGUAUGGUAUUGUAUCUCAAGGUGCUCGUCACGCUCUUAGAUUUAGCUCUACUGUUACUAUUGGUAGAAAGAUGUUUGCUUCCCCAAAUACAUUCUCGAACCGGAAAUCGGCAGAGCAAGAUGCUGCUAAGUUUGCAUUACAACAUCUACUAAACGAGGAUGAGGCUAUUGUUACAAAUAUGCGCGGGAGUCUCUGUGAGUUCGUAUGUCAGGACAAAGCACUUUGCAAGAUGGUGUUAAACGAGUUUCUUGCCAAGAUAAAGAUGGAAUGCGCAUAUGAGACAGUUCAAGUCGAAAUGACUCCUUGGUUUGUUUCCUAUUUGGCACUAAAUGGUACUUGUUAUAGAGGUGGAGGUAGGAAAAAGAAAGUAGCUGAGCAACUAGCUGCACUUGCAGCUAUCCUCUCCCUUUUAGGUAUGCACACAUAUUCAUAA